UAAAACGAAAGUUCCAACCCGAGGGAUGGAACUCAAAAUUGGAACUUUAUUUUUGUGAGCCCUGCCUGAUAACCUUAGCUCCAUUACGCAUACCAGAAGCAAGUCCUACGCCGCCAUCUUCAGGUUCGAGCUCUGUCUCUGCCAUCGCCAUCUCUUAGACUUCUCGGUUCGCAGAUAGCCCCCCGUCCGCCAUCUCUCACACAGAUCGGAAAUCCGGAUCGAAACACUGUCAAAUAAAUUUCCCUCCAAUCCAAUGUUUGGAACACCAAUGGGCAUUGCUUCCCCGAUCUCUGAACCGUGGAGUCUCAGUAAAAUGGUGUGAGUUAGAGAGAGAAAAUGGCAGUGGAGUGAGCCGUCCUUCUCCAUUCCGUUUAGAGAGAGAGAGAGAGAGGGAGAGAUGGCAUUCAGGGUAAUGAGUAAACUGGUGCGCCCCCUUCUCGGAGCCACCUUACCUCGUCUUCAUACGCCUUCCCCCUUCUCUCUCCCCUCAUUUUCUUCUUCUUCUUCUCUCUACCUUUCAUCCUCUUUUGGUUUUCGGCCCGUUUUGGCGAUGAUGGGCCUUCACAGCUUAACGGACACGCGUUUCCCGAAGAGAAGGCCCGGUCUCAAGCGUCGCAGGAAGAGAGCCAGUCUCAAGCCUCCAGGGCCAUACACAUGGAUACAGUAUGUGCCUGGUGAGCCCAUUCCUAGGAGCCGACCCAAUGAAGGGAGUGUGCAGGGCCGGAACCGAAGGAAGCGUGCCAAACAGAGGGCUGCCUUUAAAUUGUCUGAAGCCAAGAAACGCAAAGCUCAGGUGGCAGAAGCAAGGCGUAAGAAGCUUGCAGAGAGAAAAGAGCGAAAGAUGGCAGCCGUUGCGAGGGAGAAAGCUUGGGCUCAGAGACUGAUAGAGUUGCAGCAACUCGAGGCUGAGGGGAACAAGGCAACAGCCAAUUGAUAUCUUCGUAAAACAUAAGUGACUGGAGAGGGGGGGAGAGAGAGAUUGACACUAUCAUGUUAUUCAUAGGAUUUGGAUAUCCCCAACUGUUUCUUAGAAAAGAUUCCCUUCUUGUAUGAGAAAGACAGUGACUGAGUUUCUGAAGGUGGAUAUUUCAUACCAUUUUGCGGUUGUUCUUUCCUACUGAAUGGCUUUGGGACUUGAGCUGUAUAAGGGCGGCCUCAAAUCCCAAUCACUUAUAAAAUGGUAAAAGGAUAGUCGGCUCAUCUAGAAGCGUCCGUUUUGGAAAUGGAAAGCUUCAUUUCUGUUGUUGAGUUUCCAUUUCUGUUGAUGAGUUAGUGUCGUUAGGAUUGGAAAAUCUAGUUAGUGUUCAUGGGUGGAAUUCAUGUUAUGCCUAUUCAUAAAGAUAGUGUGAUAUUUCUUUUU